AACAGGGACUUUCCUCACUUGCCCUCCUGAAGAAGCUGAAUCACAGGGCACUGUGCCGGAGAUGUUCCCCGGUGUCGCCACGGUGGAGGUAUGCGGACCUGUGCGCUGUGGUGGGGCCGCGGUGGGCUCCCCCUCCGCUCGGUGAUACUACUCCUUCUAGUCCCUCCGUUUCUCCUCGCGCUCCAGCUCCUCGUUGUCGGGCCACGGUUACCUCGAGUUGCAAGGGCAGGGGUGGAAGAGCAGGAGGUGGCUUAUUCCGUGAUCAGCAUCGAACCGGAGAGGAACUCACGCCAACGGGGAUCCCCGUCCUGGCGUCCGGGUCUGGAGGAGGAGGAGGAGGUAGAGGUGGAAGAUGGAGACAGAGGGGAGGGGGCACGAGCGUAUGAGGAUGAGAACGAGAUGCUCUCGCGCCAGAUGGGACCCAGAACACUGGAGGUGCAGCCGUGGGCGAUAGACGAGCCGUCCUUCACAGCAGAACUCAAGCGUAUCAUCACGUAUAUAACCAGGCUACAGCUGAACUGCUCCAGGGUUUUGUGUCCAGGUCAGGCUCAGGCAUCACAGCCCCCCGCAGAUUCACCUCGCUGGCUGCUGUGUGCCGAGGACUGGCUCCUUCCAGCUGCAGAGAGACCGUGUGUUGCGUACUCCUUUAGCAUGGAUGGGGGAGAUGCAGACUUUCUAACGACUGUGUCAGCGCUGGGAUGUGAAGUCCACACUUUUGAUCCCAGCAACUCUAAUGCAUCUGGUGGUCACCUUGGCAACAGUUUGGCCAGUAACCAUGGCGACGGAGGCGUGGUCAGCCAGCACAAGAUGUGGCUGGACUGGCGAGCUCCAAGGAAGCGCAGGCAGAAGACAAGAGGCAACCAGGGGAGUGUUUCUCAAACACUGGCAGACAUCAUGGCUGCUCUGGGACAUCACACAGUUCACUUCCUGUAUGCUGACCUGCACAGCGCCGAGUGGCGAGUUUUCCAGAACUGGAUUGAGUUGGGAACUCUGCAGAACGUCCAUCAUCUGAUCACCACAGUGCACCUGCAGUGGGCAGGAUUUGAGGUGGGCGGAACCAAUGAAGAAGUCCUCCGCUAUUGGUUCAGCGUCCUACAGGGUCUCCAAGCGUCUGGGCUCAAGCUGAUCCACAGCUCUGCAGGAGAGGGUCGCAGUGUUCUCAAACAGACAGUAGCAAACGGCCACAGCUCCUACACACUCAGCUGGACCAACACGAGACGAUGACACUCGCACAUGAAUGAGCUCAGGUGCACACACAUGACCAGACACUGUGGAUGGCAUCAGAAAAGAAGGAGAACCUUAAAAUAGUUGGUUGUGUUGGACUUUUCUUACAGUAAACUUUUUUUCCCUGCCAUUUCAGGCAAACAGUUCUUUGGAUGACAUCUCCCUCUAGUGGAGAUGAAAGGAACUUCAGCUGCACCCUCAGUGGAAAUACUGUCUGUCUGCAGCUUAUACUGGAUAAUUUGUCAAGAUAUGGAGCAGAGAGUGGGCAGCAGAUAUAUGUAAAUUGCAGCAACUUAUAGAAUAUGCCUAAAAGCUGUCUGGCAGCUACCAACACAUUUUCAUUUAUUUUCCUUUUUUUUAGUUGAACCACAGUGCCUUUAUCUGUAUGAUACCAUUACAUACAGUGCAACCCCUUUUGCAAUAAUUGGACCCAGCUGAAUAGACUCAACACAUCAUGUUGGUUCAGCAGAUUAUUUCAUGUAUUAGUGCACAUCUCUGUAGGCCUUACAAUACUUUAUUUGCAAUAAUUCUUUACACUGAAGAAACACUUUAAUUAUAUUGAGACUAUUAGUGUGAAUAAUAUGAAAUUUAAGCAUUUUUGCACUCUGCCGUUUCCAAAGAAGAAAACAAUGAAGCCGUGUUAUAGAAGUGAAUAAAUACCACAGUAAAAUACCAAAUAAAACCAGUUACAUUCCUCAGUUUUUGGUUGUAUAUAUAACACAUUUAUAUUGGUGGCAUCUGGCAGAAACAAAGUCCUACACUGUCUUUGAUAUGUCAAUAAUUUAAAAAUGGUGUGAGAUCAAUGUUGAAUGAAAGAAGAGCUAAUUAUUGUCCCUUUUCCACUCACAUGCAAACUAAGCCAAAUCAUGCUUUGAUGUAGUGAUGGACAUUUACAGUUGCAUGAAUUUAUUUAGAAGUUUCUGCAUUAACUCAGGUUUAUUCUGUCUUAUAGGAGAAGAAAACUCACAGGCGGGGGUGUAUAUUAGAUGCCAUCUUAAUAUAAUUGUGGUAUGUGUGAUUCCUAGGAUGAUCUUGAAUCACGCAUAUGUGUAUUUCCAAUAAAUUUUCAGUGUUUUAAUUAAAU